GGCUGUCCCACCCCUGGUCUCAUUUCCCAACGGGAUCCCCCACCAGCCCAGUUUUUCUGUUCAGGCUCCGGCCUCUGCCCAUCCCAGUUGCAGGAUGUCGAUGACAGACUUGCUCAGCGCUGAGGACAUCAAGAAGGCGAUAGGAGCCUUUGCUGCUGCAGACUCCUUCGACCAUAAAAGGUUCUUCCAGAUGGUGGGUCUGAAGAAAAAAAGCCCAGAUGAUGUGAAGAAGGUGUUCCACAUUCUGGACAAAGACAAAAGUGGCUUCAUCGAGGAGGAUGAACUGGGGUUCAUUCUGAAGGGCUUCUCCUCAGAUGCCAGAGACCUGUCUGCUAAAGAAACAAAGACGCUGCUGGCCGCUGGGGACAAGGAUGGGGAUGGCAAGAUUGGAGUUGAAGAGUUCUCCUCCCUGGUGGCUGAAAGCUAAGUGGCGCUGACUGCCCAGGUCUCCCGCCCCUCCACCCCCAACGCCCCAUCUCAGCCCUUCUUGCGGCCCUCCUGAGUUUCUGUUCGGUUUGUUUAUGUUAUUUUUUACUCCCCCGAUCCUCUAUGGCCCUUGAAUGAACACCAUUCUUCUGGAAAAUGCUGGAGAAACAAUAAAGGCUGUUACCAAUCGGACAUCACCUGUAGGGAGGA